AUGACCCACCCCGCACUCGAGGAUUGUCAUUGGCAAAGACGCACCGGUAGUGAUGGCGUGGUAGCCUAUACUCGACCGAUGGUAGCCGGAGAGCAAACACUGGACCAAAUUCACCAACUGAUUCAUGGUCAUGACCAAUUUCUAUUUGGAGCGACAUUUCAGAGUAAUUUGUCUUUGGAGGCGAUCGAGGAGCGUUUAUUAGCCGCUUUGAUCCGCCUUCGCUAUUAUUCGCCCCUCGUCGCCGCUCAGCCCCAAAAAGGAAUCCAUGACAAUGAACUACGGUCGUGGGUGUAUACGCCCGUUUUCGAUAAUCAAGCUGCAGCCUCAUGGGCACGCAAGGUCCUAACCGUCAAAGCUUCAACAAAACAGCUUCCAGAUGCCGAAAGCCAUGUAUGCGAUAUCCUCAGUCAACCAUUACCUCCCAACGAGAUAUUCCAAGUUCAUCUUAUUGGUCCCCACCAAGAUGGCCAAUUCACGUUAUUCACAUACAAGAGUCAUGCACUCGCCGAGGGACAGUCUGCAAUUGAUCUCCUGGCUACCUUGUCCGACUGGAUAAUUAACCCAGAUGCCGGAGUAGAUCUAACAUGGGGAGAGGAGUGGCACAAUCUUUUACCCGGGACGAACGUAACGCUUGGAAGAGAGAAGGAAAAAUGGAACAUGGAGUCCUCUGAGACUCCGGCAGAAAUCGAGCGCAAAAACGGGACUGGAAAGGCGAGUCAUCUUAGAGAGCCGAUUUAUGAUGGGUGUGCACUGAACUCUCGUAGCCUGCUCAUGCACUUCGGCCACAACGAGAAUGAGACUAUCACCUCCCGACUCGUCCAGGCUGCCAGGUCAGAAGGUAUAUCUAUCACGCACCUGUUCGAAGCGGCCCAUGCAAUCGCGACGUAUGCAAUUGAACCUCUAUCAGCCGAGGAACUGGCAGAGUCUCAUGUUCGUUACUUUCCGUCCAUUACGCGUCAUCACAGAAAAGCACCCUACGAUAAACGUGAACUGGUCGGUAAUGUGAACACGGCUUUUACUCAAAUCAUCCCUGCAAAAGUCCAUUGCGACAAAACAACUGUGCGGGAUCGUGUGCUUGCAAUUUCCCAAGAGGUCAAGAAUAAUUACCGCACUUUUAUAGCAAACCCUCAGCAUCCACUUAUGGAAGCAACUCUGAUCAAGUUGUACCCUCUCCGAGGGCCACUAGGCGUUGACAUCAACGCAAACACUGGAGAAAUUCUAGGUUUAGGGAUAAUCGAUAACAAGCUCCCGCUUGUUUGGAGAUCUUCAGAUGGUCACCAUACGAUUCGGAUUAAUGAUGUUCACCUUGGGCUACGACAGUGUAACAAACGACCGAUGGUUCACCUAUGGACUCUUGAAGGAAAAUUGAGGAUCCAGAUUCAAGCGUCCGACGUGUGGGACGAGUCGUACCUGGCUCGUUUCUUGGACGAGGUAAUCAAAUGUGCGCUAAGUGUAUGCUAG